ACGGGACCUACGCCAUAACUGGAGAUGACGGAACCAAACACCUCGCUGCCACCUGCGCGCCAUCCGAGCCCCCCGAAACCUAACCGAUGCCCCGGUCCCAAGCAUCGGAGUUUGAAGCACACGGCCCGGGCCCGGACGAUGAUGGCUAGGAAAAAGUGGGGCCGAUCGGUAUCAAAACUGUAGCGACAAGGCCAGCCAGACAGGAUGUGUCCUUCUAAGAAGGAAGGAGAUACUGAAUGGAAAAUCACCUCCAGCCAGAUUCCCUCACACCUGCCAUUUCUGUCGGAUUCAUUUCAGCUUCAUCCUCUCGAAGCAAGUCCACUUUGCGGAGAAGCUACACACACUCACAGCUUCUCACUUAUCACAACGAAUCAUCAACCUGUCCAGUGUCCACAUUCCGUUUCGUCUCUCUCUCCGUCUCUCUCUCUCUGUCGUAUUCUGUAUUUUGCCACCUUUGCCUUCACACAUCUUCAUCCCGCCCACCUACUGUAUCCAAAGGGACUCUUCACCCCUCGGGCCACCCUGAGUGCAUCAUCUAGCUCAUUGGGCAUCGCUCCAAUCUCAAAUACCCCUCAAGACAUUAUCACUACCGAGCAUUAUUCCCAUUCAUUGUUUUAGCAGGUUGCUUUUACGAGGGACACCAAGUCCGACCACCCUUUUCAUCUCAUCCACCCGUUCCGAUCUUCUCCAACUCUUCGCCCUUGCCUCGAUAAGUCUUUUCGCCCAUCUUUGUCCCAAGGCACAAAAGUCACCCAUGACACACCAAAACUAAGGACUCUAUGUGCCCUCAGAAUACAGACUCGCUUGAAAGACACAUGCUCGAUUACCAGACAACUCGACCUCGCCAGAUCACACGCUGCUUCGACUAUCUCCUCGAGUCGUUCUAUCACAGCUGCGCCCACGAUGAGCAGCAAAAAUGCCGAGCCCGGCCAUGGGUCACCUGAAUCAGAUAUGGACAUGUCGGACAGCUCCUCAGAGUCAAACUGGUCUGGUGAUCAUGAAUACGGAUUGGACGGUGGUGUCGAAAGGAUAUGGAAGCGUACGACGAAGCCAGUUGCGGCAAUCUUUGUCCACGCAGGUGCAGGGUACCAUAGCAUUACGAAUGAAAAGGUUCACUUGGAAGCAUGCAGCGAAGCCUCCCGUGUCGCCAUGAGGUUUCUGAAAGCCGGUGCUUCUGCCCCCGAGGCUGUCGAAGCUGCUAUCAGGUGUUUGGAGGACAAAGAGAUUACGAAUGCCGGCUUCGGAAGUAAUCUCAACAUGGAUGGAGUUGUCGAAUGUGACGCAACUGUAGUCGACCAUCUGGGGAGGAGUGGUGCUUGUGGCGCUGUUUCGGGCAUCAAAAACCCCAUCUCGCUUGCCAAGUUAAUUCUGGACAAAAGUAGUCAGCCUCUUUCCCUCCGAAGAGUACCGCCGAAUAUUCUCGUGGGCCUCGGAGCUAGGGACUUUGCCGAAGAACACGGGAUGGCUACCGUACCAAACGAAUACCUCAUUUCCAAGAACGCAAAGGAUCGUUUUCUCCGCUGGAAAGAGGACUUGAAAAAGGCGGAAGCAAGACAGAUUACUCAAAGUAGUAACUCCUCUCACAUCUCACAAGUGUCUCUGAGAAACCUAGAGACACAUCGCCCGUCGCCGACACCGAGUGACUACGAAAAAGCGGCGGAAACGCUAAACGCGUCGACUUUGCGACGGGACCACUCGAGUGCGAUUUUGACUGGGAUAUGGAACGAAGGCCAACCCGACUCACCAUAUGGUAGAGGGUCCCCUUUACUGGGUGAAAAUGGAUCACUUGGAAGUGUCCCUUCAGCCAUACCUCGCCCACCUCAGAGAAGUCUCACCAACGGAAGCAAGCCAGUCGAUCGAGCUGCCAUGAAUUACGUGUCAGGUGCUUUUCAGUCACGCGCCAGUACUGGAAGCCCAGCCGCCAUGAAGAGGGCAGUGGUACGUCACAGUCACAGUGAAGAUAUUGGCUAUUUCCCGGCUACUGGGGAAACCCCGAGACGAUCUCCGUCAUUGUCAACUCAUGAUGGGUUUGUGAGCGUAAAGGAAGACCACAACCAGAGUCUGAACACCAUGGAGAACCAAUCGGAGGAACACUCACUUUCGCCCGCCCAGAUCAGCGACCCGAUGUUUUCGAAUGCACCGAAGCAAAAGGAGGACGAAGAUCUGAUAACCGACACCGUCGGCGCAAUUGCCAUAGACCUAAAGGGGCGCAUCGCCGCAGGUUCCUCUUCCGGCGGCAUCGGCAUAAAGCACCGCGGUCGCAUCGGUCCUGCUGCUCUCGUCGGAAUCGGAACGGCCGUGAUCCCUGAGGAUUCUGACGACCACACAGGCACAUCGGUAGCCGCCGUCACCAGUGGUACAGGUGAGCACAUGGCUACCUCGAUCGCCUCAGCAAAAUGUGCAGAGCGUCUGUUUGAAAGCAGCCGCCGCGGCUUUGGAGGACACAGCAUAUCGGAGCUAGAUGAGCAUGCGCUGCUAGAGGCCUUCAUCCUGGACGAUUUCAUGGGCCAUCCGGGCGUCAAGAACCAACCGUCGGCGGGUGCAAUCGGAGUCAUGACUGUCAAGAAAGAUCGGACGGGGUACUACUUUUACUUUGCACACAACACUGAUUCUUUUGCAUUGGCUAGCAUGGCAUCAACGGAACGAGAGCCGAGUGUUGUGAUGUCGAGGCUUGGAGAGAUUGGGCCGGUGGCUCAGGGUGGACGUAGGAUUCGGAUUGAUUGAUCCAAGUUAUUUGCUGGCGACUAUUACUCUUAGAAUUACUCGCUUAGUGGCUUUUCGUUUGGCUAAGGCUUCCACGUUCUUGCUUGGAAUUGUCUUCAACGAAUUCGGAGCUCGGCAUAGAAGGCGUGGAUUCAACGGCAUUCAUAGGCGGGCUUAGAGGGAACGGCGUUCAUGAGCUGAUGAUACCCUACGUAAUACCCUUUAGAACCGCGAGACUAAGUGGAAGAACCUCAAAGGAAUGUUGUGGAACCUGACCUACCCUAAUCGAUCCCCUUGAGCUUCUCAAUGAUAAUAUUAUCUAUC